UAAAAACAAACGGAGCAAAACAAAAUAAUUGUAGUGAUUUAUGAAAGUACUAAGUUCUACUCUUGAUUAGUGUUUGGAGUAAAGUGACACUUAUAAUUCUCUCGCCUACUACACUACAAUAAUCAACACCAGUAUUUAAAAUAUGGGAAAAAAGUUUUAUUGCGAUUUUUGUGAAAAGCAUAUUCAGCGUGAUCCCGGCAUCAUUAGAAAACACAACGAAGGGAUCGCUCACAUCCGGAAUAAAGCGGCUUAUUAUGAGAGCCUCAAAGAUCCACAACAAAUUCUGGCAGAAGUGAAAACGAAAAAGCCAUGUCGCACGCUGCAAUCUUCCCAAGUAUGUACGUUCGGAGCGAUAUGUCGUUUCAAUCAUUACCAACCCGACGAGUUGAAACAGCUGCACGAAAAAGCUCAAGCGAUUCAUGGCCAAGAAUUGAAACGUAAAUCUGAUAUUAUUACCCGACUUGCUGCUGCUGAUAGUGCCGUGGAAAAAUUUGUCGCAAACCGACAGAAGAGACGAGCAAUGUCUGUUGGAAUUGAGUAUGAGCCAUUUUGGUUGCAGUCAGAACCGGAAAGGAUGGAAACAAGCUUUCCCCCUUCACUGCGAGCAAUAGAGACCACGUUAAUCAAGUGCAAUCCGUUUACAAGUUGGGGAUAA